AUGUCAUCUGUCCAACGCAAACGUGGAAUAAGUUUUCGUGUUCAUUAUUGCAAUUCGAGCGACCUGUCUUACACACUCAAUGACACCGAAGAAAGUCUAGUGUCUUUUCGACGCACGCCAUCUCUGAGCAAUGUUGGGCAAUUUCUGAUUCCACCGAAGCUAAGCACCGAUGCGAAAAAACUGACAGUGGUUUUGGAUUUGGAUGAAACCUUGGUGUAUGCGCGGAUGGGUCCGCUUUAUGUACGCCCUGGCAUGGAGCAGUUGAUGGCCUUUUUGGCCGAACACUGCGAGGCGGUGGUGUGGACCUCCAGUGUGCACUUAUAUGCGGAUGCGGUAAUUGACCAAAUCGACCCAUGUGAUGCGAUUCGUCAUACUGUUUACCGACACUCACGCUGGUUUAACGGCCAGUCCGCGACCAAAGAACUGCAGCUGCUCGGGCGGGAUUUGGAGUCCACCAUCAUCAUCGAAAACACGCCGGACUGCCUGCUGGGCUAUGAGCAGAAUGGCAUCAUCGUGGAGGACUACGAGGGGGGGGAAUUAGAGGACACAACGUUAACCCGCUUACUGGGAUUCUUACAGGAUUUGGUGGCGCGGCGGGCGGCGGAUGGGAUUACCGUGCCGGAGUUCAUCCAAAGCAGCCACCAUCUCCGAUUGGGCGAGUUGCCCUCGAAUAAGGGCUCCUCCCUGAAAUGCUUUUGUUUGAAAUCGGCCGAUGAGGUUUCAGUGCCGGUGCGCAGGAAGAGAAAGUCGUUUGAUUCGUUAGCGCACUCAGUUCUUAGCCUUGAUCAACACGCGGUUCUUCGGAUUUUGUCUCAAAACGAAAUGAAAUCCUUCCUGAAACGGAGGACUAAGGGUCAAAUUAUGACUCGCUGA